AUGACUUCCAACGUGAGUCCCGGUGGAGUCGGAGGCAAGUCGUCUCAGCACCAGACACCUGCCAACGCCCACCUCGGCGAGGACAAGCCCAAGUUGUUUGAUGAGCAGGGCGCCAUUGGCAAGCAGUUCACCGAACAAGGAGCUGUGGGAGGCGCCGCUCAAGCCAUCGGCGGGCCUUUCGACAAGGAGGGCGCCAUUGGGAAACAGUUCACGAGUGAAGGAGCCAUCGGAGGGGCAGUGCAAAACAGCAUGGGAGCCUUCGUGGCUCAGGCCGCUGUCAAUUCAACUGUUGUCUUGGCUGCCGAUGCACUUGACGACAACGAUCUCUCUCCAAUCCAGUGGCAAAAUGUAUCUGCAUUCCCAGAUGUCAACGGCGUCUUCAAGAUCGACAAGUCGCCAGAUAUCUCGGAGUCUCACCUCAUUCACCUCAAUGCAAGCUUCCAGCCGCACGUCGCCGUCCUCUCUAUUGCUGUCAAAAACAAUAUCUACACCGCUGGUACUGAGCCAAAGAACAACAAGGCAGUGCAGAUUGACCUUCUUCCCGGCUUCAGCCUGACCCGCCAGGGGGGCAUUCAGACCGACGGCAAGUGGUAUGCAUGCCUCUACCUGUACGAGCUGCAGUUUGCCGAGCUGGAGAGAAUCGUCUCCGCGGCCGAGAGCACCUGCCCUCGGCCUGUCUUGACGUACGAAUGCGGCAGAUGGCUCAGGGGUGCUGGCGAUCGGCUCCGUGAGCACAUCACCGUGACUGACGGCAAGAUCUCGUGCCCUGAGAUGGACUCCAACGAGAGAUGCCGCCCCCGGUUCGUGUCGGAGAAGCCCAGGCAGCAAUCUUCUUUGACCACCACACAGUACAAUCAAGCGUUGGGCAACACACCUUCCACCAUCUUCCAGCUCUACACUAACGAGCCCGAGACCCUCAUUGCGAAGCAUCACGAGCCUUACGAUACCCCAUGGCUUGUUCAGACCAUUUGGACUCACAUCGAUGCAGAGUCUGGUCAAAUCGCUGUGGCCCCAGCAAACGACACUACCACAACAAUCACUUGCAUUCGACCAUACUCUGUCCAUCCUGACUACGCCAUGCCCGGGGCAGCCAAAGUAGGCAAGCCUGGCACGGACAAAGAUGCCCAAGACGACAAGAAUGAUACCAAGGUUGACGAGAACAACCAUCAUGGACAUCCCGAGAACGCGGCACCUUCUCUCAUCUACGCCACGGCGAGCUAG